AUGAGUGACCGACUUUUUCACAGUGGCUGGAUUUUAAAGACUGACAGCGUGUCAGCGUCGCACGGUCAUGGAGCAAAGCCUGUGUUAGCAUCUCGGCGGGGCGGAUCGGUGCCUAGCAAUAUUCGGCGCAUAAGGACAUUGAAUCAAUCUGGGCCGACUGUGGCGACGCCACCGUCAAAGCGACGCAAUCAUUUCAAUGUCCCGGUAAGCCAGGUGAUGUCGAAAGGGAACCUCCCUGGGCAUGUUAUUGCGUCAACUCCUGGGCACACCUUCGGAGAGACGUCAGAAUCGCUCCAGCAGGACAUGCGGCUAAGCAAUCCGGCCCGGCAGAACACUCCGCAAUCAAACAUUUUCUCCGAAUCAGCCCUGCACCUCAGCGGCGAGCACAUUAACAUUGGACGCAGUAAAGAAAAGUCGUCCCGAUUUGACGACUUCAGUCAGUACUACGCCGUUCUUGUGGGCACGAUAGCUUCAGCGGACAAUCCAGCUAUUGCGGAAGUGAGUGAGUCAUGUAACUUUUACACCGGCCUUACGGACAAGCAAGCUCUUGAGCUUAAGAGCCUCGUCAAAAAUAAAAUAGCAGCAAAGAACGCAUUUGAUGAAGUAAGUGUUGUGCAAUUUCUCACGUCAUUGUAUUAUUCUAACCAAUCUCUCAAUAAAGUCGGACUAGUAGAGCUUAUUGAGGACUUAGGCGCUGCAUAUGUUGUCACUGACCCUCUGCGAUUGAUCAAAGAAAGAAAUAAGAGAAAGGGCUUGAACAUUUACGGUGAACCAUUGGAGGCAACUACUGCUCGAACUCUAGGUAAACCGCCAGAAGCUCCUCGCAAACAAUCAAAGGAGCUGUCUCCGCAAGAGCUUCAGCUGAAAGAUGAGCAAGUCAUCAAUCGGUUGGAUUCUCCUGAUCCCGUACCUAUUUUAUCUAGCAUAUCUUCAGUCUUACGCCAACGCCCAGAGGAGGUUUCUGUUGGAGUCGGCUCUAUAAAUAUUACUACCAACGCAGACGAGCCAGAAUCAGAAGAGGUCUCUGCUGCUGGAGCGCAACAAUCGAGUAACAAAUAUGGGCUCAGACUCAACUUACUUCCCAAUGCUCCUCCACUUAUGCACGAAUCGCUAUUAUUGUCGUCACGACGCCGAUCUCCAAGUAUUGUAGGGAUGGGAGGAACUCCGCGACCUGAUCCAUAUGCCAAAGCAACCUUUGUCGAAGGCUCAAUCCCUCCUCAAUCUGAUAUCGACCUUGUGGGUGGCACUCCACGUGUUUUUGAUACCCAGCCGAUUCAACAUGCUAAUCACGCUACCUCUCCUAUCCGUAAUAAAGAUGCUAUCACUAUAAAUUAUGCAGAGGCCUCUGGUCUUCUGGGAGGACCUGACAAAAGCGGCAUAUCUCUUGUUACGGAGGAUUACCAACGCGAUCAUUGCAAUCUCGGUAAUUAUACUCUAAAUUAUCUCACGGGCCUCGAGAGCGAAUCCAUAAUAGGAUAUGAAGGUCCAGCAGAUACCAACAAAGAGCCCUAUGUAAUGGGCCGUUUUAUAGAUCCAUAUGACAAUUAA